UCAGUUGUGUGCGUCGCGUGCCAGCUUACAGUAGCGCUGCGCGUUUUUAAACCAUAGAGUUUAUUUCGAAAUAUAAAUUGGUAUUAAGUGAUUGUGUUUAUAAUCAAACUUGAAUUUGGAACUUUACUACUCUAUAGAGAAUAAGUCAUGGGAUAACAUCGAAGAUGGAAGUAGAAGAUAGUGUAUGGAACGCCACGAACGUGACCACGUAUGAGGUUGUGGAUUCGAACCAGGAAUCCUGGGACAUCAUAGUACCGCUGACUGUCAUCUACUCGAUCAUCUUUAUUGCUGGUAUACUAGGAAACAUCAGUACUUGCGUGGUCAUCGCAAGAAAUCGUUCAAUGCACACAGCUACAAACUUCUACUUAUUUAGCCUCGCCUUAUCAGACCUUCUUCUAUUAAUCUGUGGACUUCCCAUAGAGUUGUACCGCCUGUGGGAUCCCAACACUUACCCUCUUGGUGAGCCACUUUGCUUAUCAAUGGGCCUGAUCUCUGAGACCUCUGCCAAUGCAACAGUGCUCACAAUAACAGCGUUUACUGUGGAACGGUAUAUUGCAAUAUGCAGGCCGUUUAUGUCACAUACUAUGUCGAAGUCUUCGAGGGCUGUACGCUAUAUUUUCGUAAUAUGGGUGUUUGCUCUCUGCACAGCUGUCCCGCAAGCGAUACAGUUUGGAAUAGUGACUUUUAACGAGAAUGGACGAGAUAUAAGUGUGUGUACUGUAAAAGGACACGGUGUUCAUGAGGUAUUUGUUAUAUCUAGUUUUGUGUUCUUCGUAGCACCGAUGUCAUUGAUAACUGUGUUGUACGCUUUGAUUGCCGUUAAGUUAAAUACCUCAAGUGUUUUGCAUCCAGUUAAGAAAACAUCAGUCGAGAGUCAUGAGAAGAAUGGUUCGUCGCGUUACAGAAAUGGAGCGUCUCAGCGAAGAGUUAUUAGAAUGUUAGUGGCUGUGGCACUGUCGUUUUUCCUGUGCUGGGCUCCGUUUCACGUUCAACGAAUCCUAGCCAUUUAUGGUAAAAACUUGGAACACCCCAGCGCUACAUUUUAUAUGGUGUACAUAGUGCUCACGUACCUGUCAGGAGUCUUGUACUUCCUGUCAACUGCUAUUAAUCCUAUACUCUACAAUAUUAUGUCAAACAAGUUCCGAAAUGCUUUCAAGUUGACCCUGGCGGUAUGGUGUAGUCGAAGUGACGUCCCACGCUUAGGCCGAACGUAUAGCGCGCUGUUGGCAUCGCGGCAGCGUGCUGCAGCCACCCAGAGGUUAAAAUCACAUCCAAAACUGUUACGCCGCCUCUCCACAGCAACUACACAUAUCUGUGAACCGGCCUCAAGAACACAGCGAAGAAAUCUCUCCAUCGUGAACGAAUCGCCAAAUGGGACUUGGGUGUGGCCACAACCGCGUAACGAGGUAUCCGAUUCCUACACGUCACCUCGAAGUAUAUCCAACUCAAGCCUUCAUGAAUUCGACCAAGAGCUAAGCGGGGAAGAACUAGCCACUUACAUGUAUCAAGUUAAUUGUAAUAUUGGGGGAUUAACCUGAGACACGUUCGUUUAGACUCGCGUCUAAACUUCCCAAUUGGACAUGAUUUAUAGGAUUUUGACCCUAACUGGUAUAUCUGUGAUAUGUAUAUACGAGUGAAUGUGAAUGUUUAAACUGAAAAGGUAUUGAAAUUCGUUCUUCUUUAGAUAAAAACCUGUGUUUCAUGUUUGGUGAGAAUCAUGGAGGCUAGGAUUUAGAGACAAGUCUGUCAAGUCUAAGCGCGAACAUACUCUGAUCUCUCAAAAUUUCUGUAAUUGCUAUUUAUUUUACCUGUUUAUAGUUCACACUAAUACUCCGUAUUGGUACUCUAAUUUAUUUAUGAUAUAUGUUUAUAACAUACUUUUAAUACAAUUUUUUAAAAUAUAUUUUGUGUAUCUCUCUCAUGUAGGGGAUUUUUAUUUUAUUGGUUUUUGUACUGUAAAUAAAACAAUUUAUUCAAAGAUAGAGUUUUCAAGAUUGAAAGCAGUGUCGGCUUAGAGAUUUGCAACCCUUGUCAUAGGUUCGAACCAAUAAACUUUCUGUCUAGAUGUGCUUUUAACACUUGCUCGUUCUCUCAAGCCUUAGACCCAAAAAGUCGACGGCAUUUGUCGAGAACACGGCUGUUCAACUUGCCUAUAAGAAAAAACAGAUUAUCACUAAACAGAUCUGUAUCUGUAACCUGAUGUGAUGAAGAUUAUAGCGCCAUUGUUUAUUUAUGUAUGAUUUUUUGUUAAUGUAUCUACUCAUGUUACUUUCUUUGAAAAGGCAGGAAGGUCCUACCUUUUCAAGUUCAAGUUUAUGAGUUAUCUCUGAUUUUUAGCUUAAGUAUAUAUUAAUUUACUAUUAUACAUUAGUAUUGUAAAUAUUAUUAAAAUCACAAUUUAAUAAACCUAAUUUGAAUAAAAAUAUGAUUUAGAAACGGCGGAUUUUAAGUUAAAGAAAUGGAAAAAUAUAUUUAAAAACGUUUGUUUGAAUUUUAAUGAGAAAAUUGUUAUGUUAAUUUAUAUGUUAAUGAGGAAGGAUUAGUAUGGUAUAACUAAAGUUUAUUAUGCUUAAAUAAAUGAGAAAGGCGACCUUGUACUGUGUACAUCGUAUAUGUUAUAUUAAUAAAAAAAGUAUCAAAUUGUUAUACCUAAUGUGACUUAUCGUUGGAUAAUGUAAAUAAAAUAGGUUAAUUAUUGUAUUGUUUCUUAUGAGAGUUUUUAAAAAGCAUAAAUGUAAUAAAAAUCUAGAUACAAAAUAUAUAUUGAGUAAGUAAGUGUCGUUAAAUAAGUGCGCUUGUAAAAGGCAUCUAGUGAAAAUUAAAUUAUUUUGAUUGUUUCUAUGUUAAGUAAAAAGUAACGGUUGAUGAAAUUUUUUAUAUAUUGUGUACAGUUAAAAAAGUUAUGACA